AAACAAAUAUCACUCUGGUUUUACAUUUACAAAAGCUAAUAUAAAAGUGUGAUAGUGUGAGAAUGAAAACAGCCAAAUGCUUGAAGAUGCAAACAAAAAUUAUAAAUAUGAUGCUUAUUUAUUUUACUCCACUUGAAAUGAUCAAAAGCAGAAGUUUUAUGCUCUUUACGAUGCCGUCUCACGCAAUAUGAAACAGGCUCUGAUCAGAAUUUGUGCAUCCUAAAAUAUAAUUUUUUAAAAACAGUUUGCAGCUGUAAAACAGUUGCAGGGUUGAAGCGUUUUUUCAUUUUCUGCUUCACAGAUUUUCCUCUCUUUGACCAGAAGCAUUCGUCACUAUCUUUUUUCCCCCCCUUUUUCUCUUAACUGAACAGCAUGGUGAAACACUACAAGCCUUUUUGAUUCCUGUUAGCGCCACGUCACUGUCACAUUAUUCUGACAGAUAGAGAAUAGGCUUGGCAGCCAGCUGCUCACAAAACUCUUAUCUUUUUUAAGUUUGAUUUUGGUUUUGAGGCAAGAGCACAGCUCAGGAGUUGAAGGAAGUCAGCCUGUCAGGGGAAAUAUCUGCUGCAUGGGAAAAACUCUUCAGGGAUCACUCCGUAUUUGCUGCGCUGUGGUUAAGGGACAAGACAGGGUAAACCAGGAGGAAAAAGUGCUCAUACUUAUAUAAUCACGCAGAUGUGUCCUGUCAUGUCCUGGCUGCUCUGCCUGUGCCUCUGGGUCAGUGUGACUGCCAUCCAGCUGUGUCAGGCCACUUUCUACGACACCAUCCAGCAGCAUCCUGGGACAAGGCCAGGCCGGACCACAAUUCACAUGAUUGAGGGAGGCACAUGUGAAGUCAUUGCUGCUCACAGAUGCUGUAAUAAGAAUCGAAUUGAGGAGCGCUCACAGACGGUGAAGUGUUCUUGUCUGCCAGGGAAGGUGGCUGGAACCACCAGAAACAGGCCUUCAUGUGUUGAUGCAUCUAUAGUAAUUGGAAAAUGGUGGUGUGAGAUGGAGCCUUGCCUGGAGGGGGAGGAAUGCAAGACACUCCCUGACAACUCAGGCUGGAUGUGCUACGCUGGAAACAAGAUCAAAACCACAAGAAACACUCAGCCAUACACAACAUCAACAUAUUAACAUUUUCUGGAGCAGAUGCCAGGGAAACCCCCCCUUUCACAGAACUGUCAUAGGACCAAUUAUCACAAGAGACAAUGAACUUAUGGUUGCUAAAAAAAAUGAACACUUACCAAAUCAAAGUGUAAAAAAAUGUAGAAUACAUUCAGCACUUCUUGCUCAAGGGGCCUGAAAACAGAGAUGCUCCAAGCAGCCUGGGAGGGACUUCAUCAUAACCUUGUAAUGAAUCUAUUUUCAUCAUUUUUUUCCAAACUUUGAGAUGAAGCAUGACGGUCUGUGCAUCUGGAUUAAUACUUGGACAGUAACUGACAGCCCUCUUUAGACACCAGUGAGACUGAUGUUUACUGCAAAGCACCAAACAGGAGAGAAAUUUAUUGAAGAACAUGGAAUAAGUAAGAGCAGAAGGUGACUGCCCUCAGGAUUUUCUUUUCUCCUUUUGAUAUUGUUGGAGGAAAAGAAAUGUAUAUAAAUUGUUUGUCCUUUUCAGUGUACAUGGACUUUAUUCGUGGUGGUUGUAAAUCUCCCCUCCUCUUACACACAAAACCCAACACAGCCAAAGGUCGAUGAGGUUGAUGCAACAGAUGAAGGAGAUGUCUUACAUACAGAUUCAGUGUCUGGACAUCACUUGUUAGUAUGGUACUUGUACGCCUUUGAUCACCUCUUAAAUGACUUUACCAAUAUAGUUUUAUAGCAUUACAACUACCCUGGAACUGUUUAAAUCACCGGAAAUGUGCAAUCAGCAGGUUAUUUUCGAUACUUGAAAUGCCUUAUUUGUGUUAAAUCAUUCAGAUGAUGACACUGUAAAUAAGACGCCAUUAUUAAUAUGUGCUGAAUUCCAUUAAAGUCAUUGUCCUGA